CGUCCUCGCCAUGACAACCGGCCCGCAUCACACUCUAAUCCACCGAUGUUUAUUUUUAGCCGCGAGCCACUCUCGUUCAGCACACGUCCCAUGUUCACGCCGUCAAUUAUUUAUAUGUUUUAGGCCUGCAGCGACCACAGAGCGGGACUGCCACAAGUCGGAGCUGCGGGAUGCCGAGAACCAGCCAGGGUGCAGAAAUGCACCUGAAAACUGCCAGAGAGCAGACCAACAAGCAGCCAGCUGCACAGACAAAGAAGCACUCUCUGAAACCCCAAACAAAGACCUCCAUGACCACAGAGUACCAGGAGAGGUUCCUUCCUCCCGCCUGUUAUGUAGCAAUCGUGACAACCGCAACAAAGAAGAUCCCUUACCAUCCGCUGAAGGGGACAAGUCAUGAGAUUACCUCUUUGAGAUCAUUUUACAUUCAGCAAAAAUGGAUAAAAAAGCCACCAAAGGUCCCACAGCCACCACAGCCACCAGAGCCAGACUACAGACGAUGCAAAGGCCCACUCAGUCCUGCAAACCAGACACCAUCCAGGACUGACUACACGAGCGUCUAUCAAAAUGAUUUUAAACAUUGGGAGGGCAGCAGGCGCCAGCCAAUCAUCAUGAAAGGCAGUUUGACAGUCAAGCAUGGAUUAGGCAACAUGCUCGCACUGGCGAAGGAACCAGAACGCAUUGCAAACACCACCAGCUAUAAAUCGGAUUACAUCCGCCACCCAACAAACCCCAGACCAGUCAAGCUGAAGCACUCUAACCAAAGCAGCAAGGAACUCCCGCUGGAGCCGAGACUGCCCUUCAAGCCAAAGAAGGCUUGGUCUACACACCAAGACCCUGACAAAGGCAGUGGUUGUUUUGAGAGGUUCAACAGUUCCCUUGAAACCAAGUUUCAGGGCCACACCAAAGAUUUCUCUUCACCAGGAGACCACAGCAUUCAAUGCCAGGUGAAAAACCUGCCAGCCCUCGAGAUAAAUGACGUCCACCGCCAUGCAGCUAGUACCGUGACGGACGAGUACAGAGUCUGGCAUUCGCCGCAAAGCUUCACCACUGUGAGAACCACCAUGUCAGUGGGCAAACCUAAAUCGCCUGACGACAGCAAAGCCAGCCCAAAGACUUUGAGACAACACCCCAAAAUACACAAGGCCUCAGCCUGUAAUUCCUCCAGAGGUGCCACACAGAGACCACAGAGUCCUGCAGACACUGAAGUGCUUUCUAGCUUCGAAUGCUCCACAGAGAACGGAGAAUCCAAGAUGUACUGGUACAGAAAUUUGGGCCGAGGAGGGACUUCGCCUGAUGGCGACAGCUGUAUAGACCAUAGCAACCAAAUAAUCAGCUGCAUGGUUUCUGACAAAAACUAAGGUGGCUGAUAAGGUGUGGUCUCGCCACAUUAUUACCUCAGGUAGUUUCUACUUCUACAGCAAUAAAAAAAAAGGAAAGAAAAAAAAAGCCAUGAAUGGGGAGAUUGUGUAACAUCAGCUAUUUUUAUACUUGUAAGCGUCUCAAUUUCACUCUUAUGUAAUCUUGAAAGUGAGAGGCACUUUAUGGGAAACAGGUUUAGACAGACAGAUGUGGACUUCCUCCAGAUAAUAAAAGGUGUUUACACUUUUUUAAAAUCAGUCACUGUUCCAGUAAGAAGUAAUCCAAUCUGCUGAAAUGACCUCCAUGUGUUUCAUAAAACCUCAGGAGCACUUUCCAAAACUAUAUUGUGAAUACACCACAAAUCAUGUAAAUGUAAUCAUGAAAUGACAUUUUAUUAAAAAAUAACACAAGGUAUUAA